AUGCACUCAGCGGUAUCUGUCAAGCGGAGUACUAAUGAUGUCGAGUGUAGUUGUAAGUUUUUUAACCGCUAUGGAUAUUUGUGCUGUCAUGCCUUUGCGGCACUGCAGCAAUGUGGCAUUCAUACAAUCCCACGUCAAUUCAUAAAAGCCAGGUGGACAAAAGAUGCAUUGAAAAAUCAUACCUCCAUAGGCUCGCUUGAAACUCCAUCAAAUUGUGACAAGCCUGAGCGGACAAAAAUCAAGCUUACCAGAGCAUGGUUCGAGUUCGAGAGCUGUUUGGACUUGGUUGGCGACGAUGAGGACAAGUUGGAUAUGGUGAUGUUAAUGUUGCGAGAUAUGGAAUCAAAGUUGCAGAAUGAUUCUGAACAAGACGACGAACCAGGUCAGGCACACCGUGCUGAUGCAUUUAUAGGUCCUUUACCCCUUAAUGAGGAAGGCCUUCGGAAUCCUAAUAUCAGCAAGAACAAAGGUUCUGGCUCGCGCAUUAAAAGUACUCGAGAGAUUUCUAUUCAGUCUAAGGGACAACGUACAUGCAGCAUUUGUAAUAAAACCGAAGGACACAAUGCGCGAACGUGCCCCACUCUAAAGAAAUAG